ACGUAUUCUUCUGGCGACGAGCUCUUAGGAAGUACCGGCCUCCCUCUGAGAUCGCUAAAGGUCCCUGCCGGAGCACCGCCGGGCCAACGGCCAGCGUUGAGGAGGGCAGGGCCCCCCAGGUGCUUCUCCGUCUCAGGAGAACCAGGCCUGGUUUCCUGAAGUGCCAGAGACCAUGUCGUGGAUCAAGGAAGGAGAGCUUACUCUCUUAGAGCGCUUCUGUGCCAACAUCAUUAAGGCAGGCCCGAUGCCAAAGCACAUUGCAUUCAUCAUGGACGGAAACCGCCGCUACGCCCAGAAGUGCCAAGUGGAACGCCAGGAGGGCCAUACGCAGGGCUUCAAUAAAUUGGCUGAGACCCUGCGCUGGUGUUUGAACCUGGGCAUCCGAGAGGUGACUGUCUAUGCCUUCAGCAUUGAGAACUUCAAACGCUCAAAGAAUGAGGUGGAUGGGCUAAUGGAGCUGGCCAGGCAGAAAUUUAGUCGAUUGAUGGAAGAACAGGAGAAGCUGGAGAAGCAUGGGGUGUGUAUCCGAGUCCUGGGUGAUCUUCAGCUCUUGCCCCUUGACCUCCAAGAGCUGAUUGCCAAAGCUGUUCAAGCCACCCGAAACUACAACAAGUGCUUCCUGAAUGUCUGCUUUGCCUACACAUCCCGACAUGAAAUCAGCAAUGCUGUGAAAGAAAUGGCGUGGGGAGUAGAGCAAGGUUUACUGGACCCAAGUGAUUUGUCAGAGUCUCUACUUGAUAAGUGUCUCUACACCAACAACUCCCCCAAUCCUGACAUCCUGAUUCGGACUUCUGGGGAAGUGAGGCUGAGUGACUUCUUGCUCUGGCAGACAUCUCACUCUUGCCUGGUGUUCCAACCCAUUCUCUGGCCAGAAUACUCCUUCUGGAACCUCUGUGAAGCCAUCUUGCAGUUCCAGGUGAACCACAGCAUGUUACAGAAGGCCAGAGAGAUGUAUGCGGAGGAACGGAAGAGGCAGCAGCUGGAGAGUGACCAGGCCGCAGUGACAGAGCAGCUGCUCCAGGAGGGCUGUGGGCCCGGCAGGGAUGGCCAGCUUCGGCGCAUUCUCUUGCACAAACGCUCAUCAGGACGAGAAGAACGUAUCCAGGGCUUCCUGCAGGCUCUGGAGCGCAAACGUGAAGAGUGGCUAGCCCGCCUCGGCACAGCUUCCGCAUGAGGGGGCUGCUCGUGUUCUGUCUGCUAGCCGAGGACCUGCUCCACCAUUCCUGAAGGGAGUCAACGUGGGUUUUGAUAAUGAGCUUUGCUGUAAUCCUGGGAACAGGUGCAGUGGGGAUUGGGCCUUUCUGCCCAGCUAGAUUCUUUGUCAAUUGAUGCCCUUUGUCCAACCCCCACAGAGGGCUUGGUUAGGGAUGACAGAAGGUGAAUGUCUUCCUUGUGGCACCCUGUAGCUGUCUUAGUACUCAUGAGUAACUUGAGGAGCAUCAGGUCCUAAAGUCAACCUGUUCUUUCAGACCUGUCACCUCCUGAGCUGCUGGUGGCCAGAUUUCUUUAUCUUCCAACAAACACCAUCUCUCAUUAAGGGGCUUUUUAAUACAGGAUUGUCCUCACCCCAGAAAGUACUGCUGUGUUGCCCAGCCCAGCCUCCUACUACCUCUGUGCCUCCUUUGUCCUCACAAGUUUUAGUUCAUUUUGGAUUUAACAGCAGAAAUCUGGGGAUUGUUUUGGGCAUGGGGGGCAGGAGAAGAUGGAAAGCUGAUCAUUUGCUUUCCCUCGUGAGCUUUCCCACUUGGGCUCUGCUAUUGAAUCGUCCCCCCACCCCUGACUUGUCAGGUACAGCCCUGGUUGCUCUGCUGAAAAGCUAGGCUCCUCCAGUGGUGGAACUAGGCCUUCGAAGACAAUCCAAUUACCUAUUGUUGACUCAGCCCACACAUGCUUUUCUCAGGCAGGGUCAUGGGGCCAGCCUCAUCCCUCCUGCCAGAGCUUGUCCUCUUAACUUGGCUAACUGGGAUGAACCAGUAUGUCCAUUUGGCUGGGACUCCUUUUUCGUGCGACCUGCCAAGGCCAGCAGACAAGGACAUCUCUUCCCUGUUGGCACUGAUAUCUGCCUGCCGUGGCCCUGGCUGUAGCAAUAGCGACCCUUUUGAUAAACAAAGCUCGUGUCUGACCCUUCUUGAAAAACUUCCACUUGGCAGCAGUUUCUCUGUCUUCAGCCUUGGUGGACCCCACAGUAGGAACCAGAGGGAAGGGUCAAGGGCUAUGUCCUUCCUUUCGUUCUUCUUGCCCUACCAAGAUGCAAAGCUGAUCAGAGGAUUACCAGCCUGGCCCCUUUGCGGCUUUGAAGGGGCUGUGUUGCUUGAGCUCCUCUACUUUAGGUGCUUGGGAUAGCAGCAAAAGCUGUGUAAGGCUGUAAUCCUGUCCUGAUGCCAGAUACUCUUGUCCCUUCUUUUGAGAUUUCCAGACUUACUUCCCCCAUGCCUCAGAUAGCUUUGUUAUCAACAACACUUUUCAGACAUUUCCCCCAGAAAUAUUGAAGUUACAAGCCAUUACCUUUCCCUUCGAAUAAUCCUUCCCCCAAGCCCUCCAACACUUGUAUUGGCACAGGGUACCCAAAGAGCAGGUGCUAUGUAGUUUCCAGCUUUAAAAUGGGAUUGUUGACAGCUUUAAUUAGGGAGCCAUGAAUUAUAAUGCUAUAAUUUGGAGCCCUACAAUUAAGAGGGAACAAGGGGCUGGAGGCAAUGAACAGAAUUGGCCUUUAGAUGAGCUUGAUUGACAUAUGAAGAGUAGUAUAGUCUUGUUUCUCAACCUGCCUAAGAUCGGUCAAGAUUGACUUGGGUUACUAGGGAGGAUGGCUCUGGUGAUUAAUGGAGUUGGUAUCCUUAAUUGGCCAUCAGUCUUUGGGUUCUGGGAAAGGUGUUUGGGGUGGAGCAGGGAGGAGUUACACCUCAGGGCACCUUGGGUUGUAGCAAUGAGCUUGGAAGAAGAGAGACCACAGUCCCAGGCUGCAGCAGGAGCUCCAAAAUACAGGUGCUUUGAAUUUGUACUGUGGUGGCUACACCUUAGUUGCAAGGAACUAUUAAUCUCCAUCCUAGCCCCUUUAUCAAACUCUAGACUUAGAAAUCAGAUGGUAUCCGAUUUAAAUAGCCUUCCCUUCCUGUUAUCUACCCCCAUUUAUUAAUCUGUAGUCUCCUGGGCUUCAAAUACAUUAAAAAAAAUAUCCGUCUCACCUGUAAAA